UGGCGCUCUCUGUCGCGCUCUCUGUGUUGCAGGAGUGUAUGAAGUCCACGGUGGAUCUUGCUGACCUGGUGGGGCUGCACUUGGUCAUGUCCAAGAACGCAGGGAAAGGCGAGUACAAGAUCAUGGUGGCAGCCAUGGGCUGGUCGACUGCAGAACUCCUCACCUCCCGCUGUAUCCCGCUGUGGGUCGGAGCCCGAGGCAUUGAAUUCGAUUGGAAAUACAUCCAGAUGAGCUUCGAUUCCAACCUCAGCCUGGUAAGCGUUCCCCCCUCCCCCUCCCCCACGGGCUGGAUGGGCCGAAGGGCCUGUUUGCGUGCUGUAUUGACGCGUUGUCUCUCUCUCUCUCUGUGUAGGUGUCUGGUCAGCGUUCUGCUCCUGGGUAGUUGGACGGCCUUGAUGGUGAACACUGCUACAACAGCGGCUGUAUCCCUGAGCACUCUCAUCCUCUACAUCAACCUGGUUCAUGGCAACUGACCGUGAGGAGAGGGGAGCAGUGUGUUUCCCCCCCCACCCCUUACCCCGGGGAGGGCGGGAGGGGGUGGGGUAGAGCGCCCAGGGAGAGGGGGUGGGGGGAAGGAAUCCCGAGGGAUCCAGAGCGGACCUGGCAGCCGUUUCCAUGGCGAUUGAGCCCCUCCCUUUCGCUCCCCGCCCAGAGUAUGUCUGUCCGUCGAAGUUGGCUCCGCUCCAGGAUGACUGAUCGGCCCGUCGGGUCUGUGCUAGCCCGCUCUCACUGUGAGAACGGCCGCGUUCUCCCCACCUCGUGUUCAAUAAAAUGUCUCCUGAUAAA